GAGAUGAGGCAGGUGUACCCUUUGUAGAAUGACACCAACAAAAAUAUGGGAUUGAGAUGCUUUUGGAAGCAGAUCAAAAGGACUACCCUCUUCCUGAGAUCCAGCUUCAUCAUGGAUAAUAGAUAAUAGUAGAAACAGUGCCAAUACUGAAGUCAAAGACUUAAAAUGACAUAGGAAGUCAUUCUGCUACUUAGGAGAAGAAUCUGAAAGCAUGCCACUCCUUUAUUUUUGUAAAAUUACUUAAAAUAAAACAAAAUAAAAUCAAGAACAACAAAACCCUUACUCCAUUUGAAGAAUAACCUCAUUACUUUAUUUCUUCCACUUUUAGUUCUAAAUGCAAUAAACAUUCCUGAAAUAUGGACAGAAGCUAUGUUUGUAAAAUUUAGUGUUUGGGAGGAAAAUAAAUGAUGAAGAGAAGGGUGUCUAUAAAGAUUAGGCACCUUGCCCCUCCAUUUGAAGUCCCAGAUCUUCCAUUUAGUAGCUUAUGGCCUUAAUAAACUCCUCUCUGGGCCUGGCUUCUUCUACCUGUAUUAUGUGGAGGCUGAAUUAAAUGAUUUUCCAAUGUCCUUUCCAGUCUGAAAUCAUACAAGUAAGUUAAAGUAAAAUAAUGAUAUUGUUGCUCUCCUGCCAUUCUUAUUUGCAGGCAGCCUGCAUAAAUCCAUGGCCAGAUCUUAAGAAGCCCUAAAGAUUACUCUGUAUUCCCCAUGCCCUACAUAUAAUACAUAAUACAAACUACACUAAAGCAUAAAAUAAGAUUAAGGAAAUCCACAAAACUUUUUUUCCUUAUGAUGACUACUUUAAUGAAAAAUAAGUAUUAAAUCUUAAGUUUUUCCAAAAAAAUGAUUUUAGUGGACUGUUUUGCUGGUGCUCUAAUCAAUGUUCACUGUGACUAUUGGAUAAUCUGCAAUGUCCAUGAUGUCACAUCAAUACAGAAUUCCCCUUAGACGGAGAAAUGAUCUCUUCUUUUCUAGAUAAUACAAAGGAAAAUAUCCUGGUUCAGUUUCUAAAUUUAUAUAUUACUGAAAUUUUUCAUGUAAAUUUGGAAUGAAACCUAAGCCAAGAGAGAAAGACAAAGUGCACAAGAACAACCAGCUACUGUGAUACAAUAAUAAGGAGGGAUCAUAACUUCACGGCUUACUUUGAUGAUUAUACUGAAAUAUUCGUGAUGGGUGGCAACAGUACCAGCAAUGCUGAGACUGACUGCAAUGUCACUAAUGUGACAUUUCAGUACUCCCUUUAUGCAACCACCUACAUCCUCAUAUUCAUCCCUGGUCUUCUGGCCAACAGUGCAGCCUUGUGGGUUCUGUGCCGCUUCAUCAGCAAGAAAAAUAAAGCCAUCAUUUUCAUGAUCAACCUCUCUGUGGCUGACCUUGCUCAUGUGCUGUCCUUACCCCUCCGGAUUUACUAUUACAUCAGCCACCAUUGGCCUUUCCAGAGGGCCCUUUGCCUGCUGUGUUUCUACCUGAAGUAUCUCAACAUGUAUGCCAGCAUUUGCUUCCUGACGUGCAUCAGCCUUCAGAGGUGCUUCUUUCUCCUCAAGCCCUUUAGGGCCAGAGACUGGAAGCGUAGGUAUGAUGUGGGCAUCAGUGCUGCCAUCUGGGUCAUCGUGGGGACAGCCUGUUUGCCAUUUCCCAUCCUGAGAAGCACGGAUUUAUCCAACAACACUGAGUCCUGCUUUGCUGAUCUUGGUUACAAGAAAAUGAAUGCAGUGGCUUUGGUUGGGAUGAUUACAGUUGCUGAGCUGUCAGGAUUUGUGAUCCCAGUAGUCAUCAUCGCAUGGUGUACCUGGAAAACUACUAUAUCCCUGAGACAACCACCAAUUGCUUUGCAAGGAAUUGGUGAGAGGCAGAAAGCACUGAGGAUGGUUUUCAUGUGUGCUGCAGUCUUCUUCAUCUGCUUCACUCCUUAUCAUAUUAACUUUAUUUUUUACACCAUGGUAAAGGAAACCAUCAUUAGCAGUUGUCCCAUUGUCCGAAGCACCCUGUAUUUCCAUCCUUUUUGUCUAUGCCUCGCAAGUAUCUGCUGCCUUUUGGAUCCAAUUCUUUAUUACUUCAUGGCCUCAGAGUUUCGUGACCAACUAUCCCGCCAUGGCAGUUCUGUGACCCGUUCCCGCCUCAUGAGCAGGGAGAGUGGUUCAUCAACGGUUGGCUAAAAAUAAAAUAACUCUUCAAUUAUGACUUUGUUUAACUAUGUUCCCUUGCUUUUUCCAAAGGCCAGAAUGACCAGCCAGACAAUUUCUUUAAUCGAUAUUUGGAAACAACAUGAAUAUCUUGUUGUAUGAUAGUUGUGGUCGCAGGGGUGUGAUGGUGGAGGCAGAGUGUGAAAAAUGUGGGAGAGGAAGGGAAGAUGGAAUUUGCCUGUUUCUUCUUUGAAAUUCAAGGCACUUUUUUAUUUAGGAAACCUAGAUCAAGUUUUUACAGGUAUUUUCAACCAAAUGGAAAUUGGAUAUUUUAUCUUAAACGUUUCUUCAGUAAAUAUGAUGUUAGUAAGAUACAAUAAAUACAUGAAUCUUUUAUAGUACAUGAAUCUUUUAUAGAACGUAAAAGUAAAUCUCUUUCAUAUGAAGACCUUUAUAUGUGAAUGAGAGGAAAAAUAUCCAGUCUUUCUAAGAGAUAAAUGCACAGGCAAGGGGGAGUGAAGAUUGAAGCAGUGUGCAUAAAUUUUAAGACCCCAAAUCUAUUACUGAAUAAAGAGCAUGGGAAUUUGUUUAUUCACUGAAAAUGUAUUGGAUAUCUAUUGUAUUCUAGGUUCCCACUUUCUUAGGUACUUACACAUGUAGGAUCUCAUCUGGCCGUUUAAUAAACUUGUGGAAAUUUCCAAUACAAAUGAAUAAAUGGAACCUCAAAGAA